AUGCCCGAACGUCAACCCAUCUCCGUCCUCUUCGUCUGCCUCGGCAAUAUUUGCCGGUCUACAAUGGCUGAGGGAAUCUUCCAGAGCCUUGCGAACAAGCCUGCAUACCAAGGACGCGUAAAGAAGAUCGAUAGCUGCGGCACAGGUGCAUACCAUGUUGGCGAGGGACCAGAUGAUCGAACUAUGGCAACGCUGGAAGAGCACGGCAUCACAGAUUAUGUACACAGGGCGCGCAAGUUCAACGUGAAAGAUCUCGACAACUUUGACUACGUUUUCGCGAUGGACCGAAACAACCUCAACGAUCUCCAGAGAAUGCACAAGAACAAGCCCGAGGCCAAGGCGAAGAUCAUGCUGUUUGGCGAGUACUCGGGCACCGGCAAGGCAGAAGUCGUUCAGGAUCCGUGGUAUGGGCCUCUGGAUGGCUUCGAGACAACGUACAACCAGUGCUUGAGGUUCACCAAGAACUUUCUCAAAGACGUCUUCCCAGAGGUUACACCAGAGGAGUGA